GGGGGCGGAGUCUGCGCUCCGGGUCGGGCUGCGGCUGCGGCUGCGGCUGCUGCACUUCCAGCCUGUGAGGGAAGGAGGCCGAGGCCUGGGCCGAGCCCGGAGCCGCCGCUCGCCCGAGCCUCCUGGAGCCCCCGCGCCGGCUCAGCCUGGGGGCGGGCUCAGGCCCGGCCCGCCGCCAAACCCGGGACAGAGGCUGCACGCCCGAGGACCAGGCCGGCGCAGCCAUGGUUGUCGUUCUCCUGUGUCUGCCUCCACAACAGCCCUUCACAUUCUCAACCUAUCACACUGUCAUUGUGUGUUAACCUGUUUCUCCCCUUGAAAUGAGGAGGCAUCUCCCUAUUCCUUACUUGAUAUCUGCUUGAAUUUCCUGACUACUCACCUUGAGAAGUUCUGUUCAGAAAGACAAGAUGGAACGUUGUGUCUGCAGGAGCCUGGAGUAUUCCCACAGGAGGUGGCUGAUCGACUGCUUCAGACCAUGGCUUUUCAUGGUCUACUAAAUGAUGGAACUGUAGGUAUUUUUAGGGGCAACCAGAUGCGCUUAAAGCGAGCUUGCAUUCGCAAAGCCAAGAUCUCUGCUGUUGCUUUCCGGAAAGCUUUCUGCCACCACAAGUUGGUAGAACUUGAUGCCACAGGAGUGAAUGCUGACAUCACAAUUACAGACAUCAUCAGUGGGCUUGGCAGUAACAAAUGGAUCCAGCAGAAUCUCCAGUGCCUAGUGCUGAACUCAUUAACUCUCUCCCUUGAAGAUCCUUAUGAGCGGUGCUUCAGCCGACUUUCUGGCCUUCGAGCAUUAAGCAUCACCAACGUUCUCUUUUAUAAUGAAGACCUGGCUGAAGUUGCCUCAUUACCAAGAUUAGAGAGCCUGGAUAUUUCUAACACCUCGAUCACAGACAUCACGGCUCUGCUGGCUUGCAAAGACCGACUCAAGUCUUUAACCAUGCACCACUUGAAAUGUUUAAAAAUGACAACUACUCAGAUACUGGAUGUUGUUCGGGAACUAAAACAUCUGAACCAUCUUGAUAUUUCAGAUGAUAAACAGUUUACGUCAGACAUAGCUCUUCGCUUACUAGAACAAAAAGAUAUCCUACCCAACCUUGUCUCCCUGGAUGUUUCUGGGAGAAAGCAUGUGACAGAUAAAGCUGUUGAAGCCUUUAUACAACAACGACCCAGCAUGCAGUUUGUAGGUUUGCUGGCCACUGAUGCUGGUUACUCUGAAUUCCUCACAGGCGAAGGACAUUUGAAGGUGUCUGGAGAAGCCAAUGAAACUCAGAUUGCAGAAGCAUUGAAGCGGUACAGUGAACGAGCAUUCUUUGUCCGGGAAGCUCUGUUUCACCUGUUUAGCCUGACUCAUGUGAUGGAAAAAACAAAGCCAGAAAUUUUAAAGCUUGUGGUUACUGGGAUGAGAAACCACCCUAUGAAUUUGCCAGUGCAACUUGCUGCGAGCGCCUGUGUGUUUAACUUAACCAAGCAGGAUCUCGCCGCAGGAAUGCCUGUUCGACUCCUGGCUGACGUGACCCAUCUGCUGCUCAAAGCCAUGGAACAUUUCCCCAAUCACCAGCAGUUACAGAAGAAUUGCCUCCUUUCACUUUGCAGUGACCGGAUCCUUCAAGAUGUUCCAUUUAACAGAUUUGAGGCAGCCAAGCUUGUCAUGCAGUGGCUCUGCAACCAUGAGGAUCAAAACAUGCAGAGGAUGGCAGUUGCUAUCAUUUCCAUCCUGGCUGCCAAGCUUUCUACAGAACAAACUGCACAGCUUGGUGCUGAGCUCUUCAUUGUCAGACAACUUCUUCAAAUAGUGAAGCAGAAAACCAAUCAAAAUUCAGUGGACACUACUUUGAAGUUUACUUUGAGUGCACUUUGGAACCUCACAGAUGAAUCGCCAACCACAUGCAGACACUUUAUUGAAAACCAAGGGUUAGAACUCUUCAUGAGGGUUCUAGAGUCUUUCCCAACUGAGUCAUCCAUCCAGCAGAAAGUCCUAGGACUUUUGAACAAUAUAGCUGAAGUACAAGAAUUGCACUCUGAAUUAAUGUGGAAGGAUUUUAUAGACCACAUCAGCAGCCUUCUACAUAGUGUUGAAGUGGAAGUCAGUUACUUUGCAGCUGGAAUUAUUGCCCAUUUAAUAUCUAGAGGUGAACAAGCUUGGACUUUGAGCCGUAGCCAGAGAAAUUCUCUUCUGGAUGAUCUGCAUUCAGCUAUUUUGAAAUGGCCGACUCCAGAGUGUGAGAUGGUAGCAUACAGGUCCUUUAAUCCAUUUUUCCCAUUACUUGGCUGUUUCACGACACCAGGAGUCCAGCUGUGGGCAGUUUGGGCUAUGCAACAUGUCUGCAGCAAAAAUCCCUCAAGGUAUUGCAGCAUGCUGAUCGAGGAAGGAGGGCUGCAGCAUUUGUACAACAUCAAAGAACAUGAACAGACUGAUCCCCAUGUCCAACAGAUUGCUGUGGCCAUUCUGGACAGCUUAGAAAAACACAUUGUACGCCAUGGGAGACCACCUCCCUGUAAAAAGCAGCCCCAGGCCAGACUCAAUUGACAGCCAUAGGUAAUUGGAUAACGGAGGCGCAGGGAUCCUUUUUGUGAUAGGUUCAUUUGGAAUCUCUUACCCUCUGUGAUGUCUUGGAAGCUUCCAUGACGAGAGUCAAAAGCUCGGUUAGGGGUUGAUGAUGUACAGUACUGCCCACGUGAACAGUCUCUAAUUUGUCUUGUGAUUUUUAACUUACAAGGCAAGAAGGGUCUCUUCCUUCAUCAUUGCCUUUUAGGAAAUUUUCCACAUCUUUCAGUGUUUGAACUUACCCGUGCUUGAAAUUCUACAGUUUUAUGAUAAAGUUUGCACGAACACUUAGGCCAGACUUUUUUGAUCUUAAAGUCCCUUCUAAUCAAUUUGCAGCUUCAGAUAAGCUGUUAACCUGAUUUCUGGCACUGCUUCAGUUGUAAAUUUUAUACUGCUUCUGUAUAAAAUGCCUUUAUUCUCUGUGUACCUUUUAUAAGAUGUCCUUCUUAGUGUGAAAGAAUGGAAAUCUGAGUCCUCUCCUUGUGAAAGCUACUCACUGGCUGGAGCCUGAAUGGCUGGCAGAAAAAUAUAUUAAAAACUAUUAAGGAAGAAUAGAUUUUAGGAAUUGGGAAAUGGUCUGCUCUUAUGGUAUGUAUAGUUUUUAAACCGGGACAGGCUAUCCUUCUGGGGCCCACCUCUCCUGAGACAGUGACCAGUAGUUUGUAGUUUAUUUUUAUUGCCGGAAGCAUGGGCUGCCGCUUCCUACAUUGACUGCUGGUUACUCUCUAGAAAUAUUUCCCCAAGCAUCACAGUGUGAUAUUACAGCAUUCUGUGUUAAAGAUUAAGUGUCUGAAUCUCUAUAUGUCAUAUUGUUGUGAAAAUGUGAAUUUUAGAAAAAAUUGUCUCUUGUUAGAA